AUGUGCAUCGGCGUCAACAGCGAAGUCUGCCCUGACUGCGGCAACAACGGCAAAGCCCACGACCCCUACCUCCAAGGCGGAAAGGAACCCUCAGGGCCUAAAUGCGAACCCAUCAUGCGCGAUCAGAUUGGAAAGAAAGGGGACUGUGCAGUCUGUAUAUCACGGAAGACAUUUGAACAGAGGAAGGCAGAAGGGAAAAUGACGCCGAACGAACUGAGACUGGAAAGAAUGAGGCUGGCGAAGGAGAGAUUUGACAAGGAUGUGAAGACCAAGAGGAAGGAGCUGUGGGGAGAUCAAUAG